CAAGCCAAGUUAAUUUUCAUCAAGUUCUUGAUAUAUAGGGCCCACCAUGGAUUCUGAAUCAGACAGUGAAAGUCAAACUGUUGACUAUUUCAUUGAUAUCUUUGAAAAAAAUAACAGAUUUGGUGUGUACAAGGACUCAUCGUUCAAGGCAUUGAGUAACUUCAAGAUUGACCUUUCGUAUGAAGUGCAGAAUGAGGAUGGACCGUUGUCUGGAUAUAUAUGCACAGUCACCUUCAGUGAUGGAACUACUCUCGGAGAAGGAUAUUUUCCCAAUGAUUGGACCAAAGGUGGCAGACGAUCUCUCAUUGACUCACUAAGAUUUUCUGUGCACAAUCCUUCAAUCACCACUCAUGCAUCAAACACACAGCUCGAGGCUUACCUCAUGAAAAAGCUGGAGGAUUUCUAUUGCCUCAAGUCGGAGUCUGAAGAUCCACACCAUUACACGAAGCAAGUGGCAACGAUUGUAGGUCUGCAACCACAUUCUGAACUUUGGGUGUUCAACGGUCAAGUGCACAUGAAUGCCGAUGGGGAUCUAGUAGAUCCAAAAACUAGUCCCUUCAUUUGGCUCGGGGACUACGUUUCAGACAGUGUACUACAUAAACAUAGUCUUCCUACCUCAAAAGAGGCAUCGACUGUCCCGGCAUCUCUUGAUCCAUCACAAUUCCAUUCAUUGUUGGAAGCUUUGGAGAAUGUGUACCAACAUAACAUUCCAGCAGCCACUCUCAUGAUCGGAGCAGAAGUCCUUGCAGUCCACUAUUCUCUCCUGCAGGAUAUUGGAAUUCAAGUGCCAGCUGCUAUUGCUGUUGGGAACGUCUCGCUAGGCAAAACACGGAGUGCUGAAGCAGCUUUAUCCCUGGUUGGAAUGGAUACUGUCAGCAAGGUGAAAUCUAUCACAGAUGUUAAAGCUAUCAAGUUUGGCAGUCUCACAUCAUUGGGCAUGAUUAUUGAUGACCCGUCUCAUCCAUCUGAAGUAUCGGAGAAGCUGCUCUUUCAUUUUGAUAGAGGUACCAGAGCCACUACUACUUCUUUUGAUGCCCCGAAAACUACGUUUCUCACAUCAAUGAAUACUACCUGCCUGCAAGCUUUAUCAAGCAUGGAUCCAAGAUACAUCACUAGGGCUGUUCUCGUUCCUUUUGAGGAAAGUGGACAUAUUGAAGCAGCAAGACAUGUUGAUGCUGACAGAAAGUUGAAACGAAUCAUGGCAAAGGAAGCUGGGAAAGCUGUAGGUGUUGUAAUAUCUAUGGGGAAAUUCUUCAAAUCACCAGAGGCAGACAACUUUUUCAAACACAUUGUUACCCGUGUUGAGCAUCUAAUGCCAGAUAACACCUGUCAUCGCCUUCUCGUUUCUUACUCUUGGUUGCUUGGAGCAACUUUCAAGAUACUGUCUGUUGCAAACGUCCUGAAACCUGAGGCUGAAGAAAUGAUAUGGAAGUACUUCGAAAACACAAUGGUUCCAAUCAUUACCAAGUAUCAGCUGGAACCUAUGGAGGCCCAAGUAGACUUAACAAAAGAAGACAUCCAGCGUGUUCUGUGUUCAUCAGUUGCACAGCAGCCUUCCAGCACUGUGUUGACUUUCGUACGAAAUAUAAGCUCUCAUCAGUUUGCAAUCAACAUUGGGCAGUUGAGGAAGCACAAUGAAUCUAUGGGAAAGUCCCUGUCAUCCUCAUUUAAGAGUGCUCUUACGAAUUUGUUCAGGGGCAGUAUCAAACCAAGUGUUCCACAGCUAUUCCUCAAACCUGGAGUGAACCUUCCCUACGUGCAGACGGGAAUAAAAGGAAGACAGUCACCCAACAACGUGUACGUGCGGAGUUUUGUGAUACAAAAAUCGUCUCUCAGCAACGACACAGUAGCAAAACUAGAGAAAGCCUCCUCUGAACUGAAACAAACUCCUGCAUCCUCCUCUCAACAAAUUCCUGCAUCCUCCUCUCAACAAACUCCUGCACAUGAGGCUCACCAGAGCAGGAAUGUGAGGCAAACAGCUGCAGUUACAUUGAAGAAAAAAUUGUAUUCUCCUGCCAAGUUGUGUAGGUCUCCCAAGAAGAAGCGAUGCACGAGACCACACCUCUCACUUUCUUUGAAUGGAUCACCUUCAAGUUCUGAGGCAGAAUUACACACCUCUCAACAGAUUACACCAAUUACAUCGGACAAUGAUGAAGUUGAGUUUACUACACGGUCCGACGUUAUUGAGCAUUCCUCACUACUUAAUCCUCAAAAGAAGAGAAAAGAGAGAGCUCUGCCAACACCAAGAGGAGUUUUUACUAGCACUCCAAUUAACAAACAUUCUGUGGCUGCUCUCAAGCAAUCAUUUUCUCCAAUCUGCCACAAGAUUAAACCGAGAAAGCUACAAAAACAUUUUGAGGGCAGUCGUCAUGAUGCAGAUAAAAAGACCUCCAUUUCAUCCAUUACUCAAGGGGCACAUCAGGAUCCCCCAAUGCUUGAAUUGCAGCAAAAAGUCUCCCCUGAACAACAGAUCACAGCUAUUGAAGUGGUUGACUCGGUCAUCAAACUCAAGAAAAUACCAGAAGACGAGAAACACUGCCAGCAAUGUGGAGGGAAAUUUACGAAGAAGGGAAAACGCAUGUGGGUCGGGUGUGAGGCUGACUCAUGCUGGCGAUGGUAUCACUACACCUGUGUAGGUUUGAAGGAGCUGCCUUUCGAGAGCCAAGUUUGGAUAUGUCCAAGCUGUCAUCCACCAGCUGGAAAGUUAUCCGUGAUUAACUGA